UCUUAUUGCCUGCUUCACAGUGGUUAAAAACAACAUCCACAUUAACGUUUUUAUUGUUGUGAUUUAGACGAUUGUUAACACCCUGGAACUCAAAAUAUGACAUAUUUAACUGCACCGCAUCACAUACGUAUCCCAGGUCAUCUUUAAUUCGCGUUGGCGACAGGGAGUGGUUGAUAGAUGUUAUCUAGAUAACGCUAGCUAGCUGCUAACAAUGGCUAACUGUAUGGUUUUUCACACUCAAAUAGCCUCCGUCAUGGAGGUGCUAGCGAAUGCAGCCGUGGCAGAGAUCUGUAAACUCGUAGACGAUGACUAUGCAGUGUUUCGUUUGGAAAUAACUCAAAGCCAGAAAGAAAACAGGUCAUUACGGAAGAAACUACUGGAAUUGAAGGUGGCACGGGAGCGCGCAGAGAGGACAAUCCGAGAGCGCGCCCUCGCCAGUCGUCCCAGUGGUGUCAAGAUCCUCGAUCGAUACAGAGGAAUGGCAAGAGGUGAAGGACAUCUCACUGGAGGCCACAGGAGCUUUGUGAAGCCAGCGGGACACAAUACAUGGAGAGAUGACCAACCAAUCACUGUUGAUGAGGGGAGUGGAACCUCAACCCAGCACGUUAUCAUGAUAGAGUCUGCAGAUGCAGAGCCUGCAGGUCCUGGGGUCAAACAGGAGAGGUCUGAAGGAGAGGAGGACCAACGACACAGCAGAGACAUCCAGACUGGGGCAGAUGGAGCGCCCCUUGUAGCCACGGAGGACCCCACCAACGCCCCAGCGCAGCUCAGGACCCAAUGCAGUAUCACGGAGGAGGAGGAGGGUCCAGAGGUGCUGCUGGUGAAGGGGGAGGGGUGUGAGGAAGGUUUGUGGAAGCCUGAGGGGAACAUGGUCAUGGAGGACAACCGGACUACACCUCCUCCUGAACCCGCAGAGGAACCAGCUGAGCAGCACAGGACCACACACAGUCUCACUGAGUCAGUUGACAUGGAGGAAUGGAAGCCUGAUCUGCUGCUAGUCAAAGAGGAGACAAUAGAGGGCGGACCAGAGAGCAUUGACCUGCUGAGUGGACUAACGAUGGGGGAGCAAGGUGGUUGGCUGGAGGCUAACAGAGGAGACUGGGUGGUCAACUUGGAUUCCCAGACCCAGACAGGUGCAGCCAAAGGCCCUGGGGACGACAUCACUGAGCAAGCCAGGACCAUAGGCGACAUAGUGGAGGUCAGUGGAUGGGACAGCGUCCUCAACUCUGAGCUGCGGUACAAUACUGUUAACCACAAACAGAAACAGACAGUCAAACACAAAACAACAUCCGAUCUUAGUCUCCAUGACCGCAAACUGUCUGAGACCAGGCCGAGGCGUAGAUUUGUUCUGCAGGGACAGGAAGGUGACCGUAUGUGGAGGGAGAGAACAGACUCGGCUAGCGAUGCUCCAUCCUGCUCCUAUAGUUGUGAUUCAGAGAGACUGAUGGCGCCUCAGGUUAAUCCCCUAACAGGUGCUGCCUUCAGCCUGCCUUCUAUAGGAUCUAUCAACUGGAACAUGGACCCUGCGACAACUCAGACACUCCCUGGCCUUCAUCCUCCUCACACUCUCCUGUUAAACCAGACCUCAGACAAUACCAGUGCCUCAACACUAAAUACCUACACAAGCCCAUUGACAAAUGACAGUAGUAGAGACGGAAUCAGUAAAGGUGGCAGCGCCAAAGAGAAGCGCUUCCCAUGUUCGUUCUGUGAGAAGUCCUUCAGUUUCCCCAUAGAGGUGGAGAUCCACCAGAGGAUGCACACGGGAGAGAAAUCAUUCAGCUGCCAUCUGUGCCGGGCCAGUUUCUCACACUCGUUCAACCUAAAGAGGCACCAUAUGGUCCACACAGGGGAGAAACCAUACAGCUGUCCCCAGUGUGAGAGGAGGUUCUCCCACCAGCACCAGCUGAAGAGGCACCUGAAGGUCCACACGGGAGAGAGGCCAUUCGCCUGUACGCACUGCGGAAAGAGGUUCUCAGAGAGGAGCAACCUCAGGAUACACCAACAGAAAAUACACACAGCCCAUGUAUAGAGUAUUGUAACAUAUCAUAAAUUACUAGUUAGUGUGUUUGUAGUUCACUCUGUUGGUUUGGGAUGUAGCAGGGAACUGGAUGAGGUGAACUGAGGAGGGAAUGAGUGUGAUAAGGCAAAAUAUAUGAUAUGGUGAUGGUUGGUGUGAUUGUGUCUGUAAAAAUGCUUCACCAUUGAAGUGACAACUAUGUCCCUAUAGGUUGAUACUGGUGUUUUAUAGUGGGAUAAUGAUAGUGCCUUAAUUUACUUGACAAAAUAGAUUAGAUCCGUGUACCGUAAUGUUGAACCUUUUCCAAAGUAUUCUAAAAUGUAAUUUUUUCAAAGUGAGGGUACCAUAUUUACAGAAAAGGUCAAGUGUUACCAUAGUGAGAAAAGUUAUUCUACUUGUCACGUAUCGUUUUGUGCAAUAAAAGUUCUGUACUUCAUGUUAUGACUGUAUGACCAUUUUGUUGAAAGUAAAUAAAAACUGUACUGACUGAUUUGGUUAUUUUUGUAUCAUUGCAGGGUCUGAGUUUCCCUUAUCUCAGUGGAACCAAAGCAUUUUACUUCAUUCUUGAGUCAACAGAUAUGGACAUUUGUUAUUUAUAAUAAACUCCAAUGGGUCUGUAUUGUUAAGUAUGUUAAUCACAGUGUUAGAGAUAGGUUUGACUGGUUAACAUUUUAUAAUGUCAUGUUUCUGUGUGUACAGCAAAGCGUUCCUUAUAUAAACCUUUAUAUUAUCUUCUGUUCAAUUUGUGUUUACAGUCUGCAGUCCAUGAGGACCUGCUGAUAUCAGGUGUUGCUGGUAGGAGAGACUGGACCUCUGAAGCAGCUGGUCACAAACCCUGGCCCCGGAUCAGGACAGUGGAUCAAGAGCCGUCACUAUUCCUUCCUGAUUCAGAUUCAAGACGGAACCAGGAGGAACAAAGACUCAACCAUCACGUAGAACACAACCAGUGGACAGGUGGACUGAACAACUUCAGUCCUGGUGGUCAUCAGAGAGACAGAGGCUCCAGUCAGGGAUCCAGUCUGCAGCCCAGACCUUUCUCUUCACAGUCUCAGUGCAGGGAUGAAGCAGGGCCUGGGGCUGAUAGAGAGAGACCCUCCUGUUCCUAUGAUACAAACAGCACAGCAUCCAUGAUGAACAGAGCAUGUCAGCCUGGGGUUCAGCCUUCACAGAGAGUGGUGGGAGACCCCCCUGGUGGUAGUCUAUCAGCAAGUCGGUCUUCUCCUUCAGGGUCUUGUCUAAUGACUGGUGAAUGGGUUCAUAGAAAGCCUGGACCUGGGUCUAGCCUUCCUCGGUUACCUCAUGGUUACCCCACCAAUACAGACCGGGUCAGGAUGGGUGUUCUCCACAAGAGGUACUUAUGCUAUAACACAGCACACAAUUCCAACAACAGCCAAACAAUGGCUAGAGGUCAAGGAAGGAGCUCAAAGACUAACCACCUGAUGGUGGUGGCGCCUGCUUCUACCUCCUCUGGUGUCACUGGAUCACAAUGUGGGAGGCCGAGCAUGAGGACGGACCCAGACAAACCGUAUGCCUGCCCCACGUGUGGGAAGCGCUUUGCUGAGGUGAACUAUGUGAAGAAGCACCAGAGGGUCCACACAGGGGUGAAACCCUUCAGCUGUACCCAGUGUCACAUGCGCUUCGCCCAGGCUGGUGACCUGAGGAGGCACCAGAGGGUCCACACAGGGGAGAAACCCUACAGCUGUCCCCAGUGUGAGAAGAGGUUCUCACGCCAGUACCAGCUAAAUGUGCACCUGAAGGUCCACAUGGGAGAAAAGCAGUUUGUUCGCCUGCACGCACUGCGAGAAGAGGUUCUCAGAGAGGAGCUAUCUCAGCAUACACCAGCAGAAAAAACUUUCCAUUCUAUAACAUAGAAAAUUACAAUUCUACUCGAUAGCUUCUGAUGUUUAGAUCAAACCCUGAGUAACAGAUUUCAGUGUUGAAUAUUGCAUCCAGACAUUUGAUAUACACGGUAUAAGGCACAUACAGUGCCUUCAUAAAGUAUUCAUACCCCUUGACUUAUUCCACAUUUAGUUUAAUACAGCCUGAAUUAAAAAUGUAUAAAAAUAAAAAAAAUUUAUCUCAAUCUACACACAAUACCCCAUAAAGACAAAGUGAACAUGUUUUUAGAAAUGUAUUAAAAUUUAAAUAUAUAACUAGCAAAUUUACUUAAGUAUUCACACCCCUGACUCAAUACAUUAGAAUCACCUUAGGCAGUGAUUACAGCUGUGAGUCUUUCUGAGUAUGUCUCUUAAGAGCAUGACACACCUGGAAUGUACAAUAUUUGCACAUUAUUUUACAAGUUCUUCAAGCUCUGUCAAGUUGGUUGUUGAUCAUUGCUAGACAGACAUUUAAGUCUUGCCAUAUUUAAGUCAAAACUGUAUCUAGGCCACUCAGGAACAUUCCAUUUUGUCUUGGUAAGCAACUCCAUUAUAAUUUUUGCCUUGUGUUUUAGGUUAUUGUCCUGCUGAAAGGUGAAUUUGUCUCCCAGUGUCUGAUGGAAAGCAGACUGAACCAGGUUUUCCUCCAGGAUUUUGCCUGUGCGUAGCUCUAUUCUGUUUCUGUUUAUCCUAAAAAUGUAUCCUUAGUCCUUGCUGAUGACAAGAAUACUCAUAACAUGAUGCAGCCACCACCAUGCUUGAAAAUAUGAAGAGUGGUACUCAGUGAUGUGUUGUUGGAUUUGCCCCAAAUAUAACGCUUUCUAUUCAGGACAAAAAGUUAAUUUCAUCGGCACAUUUUUUGCAGUUUUACUUUGGUACAAACAGGAUGCAUGUUUUGAAAUAUUUUUAUUCUGUACAGGCUUCCUUCUUUUCACUCUGUCAAUUAGGUUAGUAUUGUGGAGUAACUACAAUGUUGUUGAUUCAUCCUAUCAGAGCCAUUAAACUCCCUGAGCGGUUUCCUUCCUCUCCGGCAACUGAGUUAGGAAAGAUGUCUGUAUUUUUGUAGUGACUGGGUGUAUUGAUACACCAGCCAAAGUGUAAUUAUUAACUUCAUGUUCAAAGGGGUAUUUAAUGUCUGCUUUUUUCCCGCCCCCCAUCUACCAAAAGGUUCCCUUCUUUGCGAGGCAUUGGAAAACCUCCCUGGUCUUUGUGGUUGAAUAUGUAUUUGAAAUUCACUGCUCGACGUGCUUACAGAUAAUUAGAUAUUUUUGGGGUACAAAGAUGAGGUAGUCAUUCAAAAAUCAUGUUAAACACUAUUAUUGCACACAGAGUGAGUCCAUGCAGCUUAUGUGACUUAUUAAGCACAUUUUCACUCCUGAACUUAUUUAGGCUUGCCAUAGCAAAUGGGUUGAAUACAGACUCAAGACAUUUGAUUUUCAUUUUUAAUUUAUUUGUAAACAUGUCGAAAAACAUAAUUCCACUUUGACGUUAUGGGUUAUUGUGUGUAGGCCAGUGACAAAAGCUGUAACAAAAAAGUAUGUUGCAUUUUGUGUUUGUACUGUGUAGGUUAUAUGUUUACAAAUGCCUGUUUCAUUACUUCCAAUCAAAUAAAACAAAUUCCCAAGAGACUUUUAAUGAGAAAAUAAAUGCAGUUUGUCACACCCUG